AGAGAGGGGGGGGGGGGGAAGACACAUUGAGACAAUUCAUUUCUGGAAUGUAGAAAAGAAUUCCAGACUGCUUCACAAACACUUCAUAAAGGGACACAGUUUAACUUGAACUCUUCUUGACUGAAAGAGUCAUUAAAAGGAAAAGGAGUGAAGAAGUGAGGGAGGUGAGUUAAGCAGUUAGAGAUAAGCAGUGGAGAAUGGAAGGCUGGCUGAGUGACGUCCAGAAAUGGCCAGCCCUGUACUUGGGCUGCAGCGUGCUGGCCUUCAGACUGAUCCACAGACUGCUGAAGACGCUGCCCAGACCAAGAACACUGGACAAUAACUCCUGGAAGAGCUGGAGAUGGGAGAACCUGUCAGUGUCCCUUGUCCACUCCCUGCUGAGCGGAGCCUGGGCUGUCUUCUGUGUACUUCAGUAUCCAUUGAUGGUACAUGACCUGCACUCAUCCUUCACCCCAUUAGCAUACCUGCUUGUUGUCAUCUCAACAGGGUACUUCAUUCAAGAUGCUGGUGACAUCAUCUUCAGUGGACAUGCCAGGGAGUCAUGGGAGUUCCUGAUUCAUCAUGUUUUGGUGAUUUCAACGUUCAUGUACGCUUUGAUAACGAGUGUCUAUGUGGCAGGGGCUGUGAUAGCUCUCUUCGUUGAAGUAAACAGUGUAUUUCUGCAUCUACGACUACUGCUCAAACUGGCUGGAGUGCCCAGAGACUCUCUCCUCUACACAGUUAAUAAGCUGAUCAAUGUAGCCACGUACAUCAGCUUCCGGCUCGGGGCUCAGUUCUAUCUCUCCUGGUACAUCAUCUACAACUACUCCUGGCUGGACCACGCCCUGUUUUUCCUGGUCUGCAUGAUGCUGAUGAACAUCAUGAUCCUUGUAUAUUUCUACCGUCUUCUGCGAACAGACUUCUUUACACCACGCAGUCACCAGAACGGAGUGAGGAAGUUUGCCAAUGACUAGUUUCCUAUAGAACACGGCCAGCAAUCUUAUCAGACAUUCUAACGCAAACUGCACUGAUAAACCUCACACUGGACAAGUGAACAGUUCUUCACUACAGUUACAUCACACACUAAGUUUAUGAAUUCUGCACAGCUGUAUUUCUCCACACAAUGAAAUACAAAACAUUGUCCUGUAUAAUGGUGCUAACUUUUUACAUAUAUAUAGAUUUAAGAUGAAUGUAUUAUGUUUACCAUACAGUGCUCACAAACAAAUGAUUGUAUGAUUUGUGAAGUGGAUUUUUUUUUUUGAGAUUUUGAUCCCAAUGACAAGAUCAGCUAGGCAUGAGCAUUAAAAUAUAAAUGAAUUCAUGCCAACUUGCAAAACCCAUGACAUAGUAGCCCUUUAUUAAAACGAAUACAUCUUCUAAAAUCCGUUCUUGAUAAAAGUUUUAAAAAUGUAUAAAAAGAUUUUAAAGGCAAAGUCUGUUAGAUGCAUGUGUUUUAAACUUCAGAAUUGUCUACAGUUCUGUUUUAAUAAAUCCCAUUGUCCUGAAAUAAAAAAAAAAACAUUAGAAAUAAGAAAUAUUGGAGGAUGUCAAUAUUUAAGAAACUUGUGUUAAGUGGGUGGUGAAUAAGUUUCAGAAUAUUUCGAGGUUUUAGCACAAUUUCACACAACAUACUGACCGGCAAGUAUGACAAACAUUUGUAUACAAUGAUUAAAAUAAUUAGAAAGCACCUUUUUUUAGACCCAUAUCGGUUCAUGUGAAAAUUCUACCAUUUUUAAGAUUCUACAAAGUGAUGCCCUUUAAAUAAUAGUCCCCUUAUAUUUUCCAGCGCUACUUUAGAGGUUAUACACAGACAGCUGGAAGAAGAAAGCUCUGGCCUCCAUUGAACAGCAGUGAGUUCGGUCUCUGCUGCCCUCUAGUGAAGUCAUUUGUGUAAGUAGUGAAUUCAACCAAUCAAUUUACAGUCAUAAGCAGCUAUUGUAUGCUGUUCACUAACAAAAUAAAAUGCCAUUCUAUUGGUUACUUUAAUUACAA